AUGGCAGAUCCAUCAGUUCCUGAACCACUAGCUGAGGGGGACAAUAUUCUUCAUCGGUCUAAUAAUUCCCUUCGACACCCCGACCUGCCAAUCGCGGGCGGCGAGCUCCCCUGGCAGUAUCAGGACCACAACCGCCGUGAACAAUAUACCUACAAACUCAUCUGCCUGGACAAGGACCUCAUCAUCUACGACGAUGAUUCAACCACCGCCACCACCACCAAGUUCAAGAGAAAUUCAUUCCGUAGAUCCCAAUACCAAAUCAAGGCUAAUAAUGAUAACAAUGAUGAUGAUGGUGGUAAUGAUGAGAAACCUCAAAUCAGUUCCACCAACGCCUCGGGAAACGACCCCAAAAAGCCAGAGAAUAAUCCAAUGCAAUCAGCCACGUACAAAGACUUCGACAACCCCACCGCUCUCAUUAACGAUCCAAUCUCAGAACUCUCGAAAAUUGCAACAACAAGGCCUAGGAAUUACAGACCAACAUAUAGGUACUUCCUCAGAGAAGCCCAGGAUUUCGAUUACGGCGACAUGCUCGCGAUCUUUUCGGUCUGUAGAUCCUACGACGACGAUUAUAUCCGUCCGAUAAUGGAGUUGAUGCCGGACGCUCUCUUUGCAAUUCAAACGAUCAAGGCUAGUCUCAAUGCCGAUGAAAUGAAAAACGGAACAAAUAAGGAGUGGGAGAUGGCUCAAUUGUUCUAUUUCAUGGUGGAAGGAGGUCAUGCUUGUUUGUUUUUGGAACGAAGAGAGGCGAGCAGAUUGAAGAUUUCGGCUGAAAUUAGAGAAUUCAUUCAGCAGGAGCCGGAGGAUGGGGAGGGAAAGGUGGAGCGGCAGGUUACUCCGAAGCGUUCACUAAUCCGCAAGUUACUCAGACUUCCACCAAAGAAGCCAAAAAGGCCCUUAACCGAGGAGGAGAUCCGUCGUACCGAGGAAAUCAUCAUGGCCAUUCGCAUCAUCUAG